UUUAUUAUUAGGAUCUGCAAUAAUUCAUUCUAAUCUUCUUUAGUGAUUCAUUUCUUAUUAUUCGACGAUCGCAGUUGUAUUUGGAUUUCGUCGCUCUUCUCAAGAGAAAUUUAAGGUUUUACUGCAAUAGCCGAUUCCAUGAUUAAGCAGAUUGCUGGGAAUUUCAAAAAUAAAUGAUAAAGGGUUUUUUUAAUUACAUCCAAAAUAAAUUAAAAUAAUUCGAUGUAAAGAAGAAAAAGGAUGACUGAUAACACUGACGAUGAAGAUUAUUUGCCUUUCAAAAUCGAUUACGUUCCAGAGAAAAUUCUAAGCAACAUGAUGCUUGAUAAAAAUCUUGCAAUAGAAGAGAAAGAGAACUGUAUGGAACGACUGAAGAAAUUGUUGCAAGGUGAUACGUUAUCUAAAGAUGUAGCCUUCGAAGAAGAUUUUCUUAAUGCUUACUUUAUUCACUGUAAAUGCGAUGAAAGAAGAGCCUUUGAGAAGCUUCUAAACUACCUGAAUUUCAGAAUAAAUCACAGUUAUUUGUAUCAAAACGUCAAAUUUGAUCUUCCAUCGCAUCCAUCUUGCAGAUUUGCCACUUUUCUUCCACGAAGACUUUCAGAUGGUUCUGUCGUUGUGCUACUAGAACCAGCCUACUGGGAGCCUGACGAACUGCCUUUUGAAACAGCGAAGACAAUUUUCAACUUGAUUUUUCAACAAGCAAUACGAAAUCCUGUAAAUCAAAUGAGUGGCUUCCACGUUAUCACAGACGUGGCGAAUACUGGAUUCCGACAGUACAAAUUCUGUACUCCAUACAAUGCAUACUUAUUGAACCAUGCAGCAUUCGAUGUCUUACCCCUAAAUAUCUUCAGCCUGCAUCUCAUAAAUACGAAUUAUAUCGUGACAUCACUGUUCAAUAUCGCAAAAGCUUUCAUGCCGGAGUAUUUUAAAAAUAAAGCUUAUAUUCAUUCUGCAACAGAGAGAUUACUGGACUAUUUUCCCAAAGCAACGCUGCCUGUUAAGUACGGAGGGACUUUGAAGGAUUACGAUUGUGGUAUGCCCGAUUUUCUCAGGAAAGCAAACGAACAACACGACAAUUUUCCUAUCGGAGGCCAAAAGAAUGUGUUUUAAUGGAUGUUAAUUUUAGUACAACCUCGGUAGUUAAUUUAUGUAAAUAAAAUUACUACAACAUA